AGGGGCCACAACGGUGACGACUGUGGCAGAGAAGGCCCGGAGGGGCUCUGCGUUCUGGAGUGGCGCUGCUUGGGCCGGUGGCGGAUUGCAAGCAGCUGGUUUUGCGGCUGGGGAGAGCGGCGAGAGGGUUCGGCAUUUUUCGUCGGGAUCCCCGCAAGGAUGAGUGCUGCCAGAGAGUCUCACCCGCAUGGGGUGAAGCGUUCAGCCUCCCCAGACGACGAUGUAAAUAACAAUGGCGGAGUGGCUGAGGGUUGAGGCCUACUAAAGGCUGGAGUAGGCCUGGAAGGGUGGUUGGAGGAGGACGCGCCUGAGGUGGCCUGCAGCGGGAAAGCCCAGGGAAGAAACCAGAAGAAUGAGUGGGAAAUGUCUCCCUUAAUCUUUAUGAGGGUCAGAAGGUUUGAAGAGGCCCACACGCUGAGAGCCGGAGACCUGCGUAGGAAGGGGAUUGAGGAAGGAAAUUCUGAGAGGGUCGAGGAGUGAAAGAGCUUAGUCAAGGGAUUUCGUACGUGCAUUUUGGGGGGCCGAUGAGGUUGCUUUCUCGGGCCUUUGUACUCAGGAUAGGGACGGCAAGACUCCCUGUUUUGGGUUCUAAAUGUUUCCGUAACAAUGUCGAAAUGUUGGUGCACAUUUGUACAGAUUUUUCCUGCCUGGAUGAUUUUUACAAUGUGCUGUUGAGAGUUAACUUUAGCUGCGCUAGUAAGGGUAAACCGAGAACAGUAUUGAGCCGAAAAUUGUGCCACUGGUGUAAUUUGGUACUGGCUCUGGUGGUGAGGUCUAAGACGUUGAGACCUAGAACCCCAUUUUGAUGUCGGAUAUUAAUACCUCGUUCUUCUUACCUCGUCUCCCCAUCAAAUGCCGUUCCCUUCCCCAGCCCCCACCUCAUAGGUUUUAAUAGCAAACGGUUUAUCCCUUAAAGUAACCUGUUAAAUAUUUACUGCAGUGCCGGGUGUUGGGAAUUCGGAGAGAAAUAUGAUGCUUAUUUUAGGCCUUUUUGUAUAUUUGUCCUAGCUCCUAGCGCAGUGUCAUGGAAACGGUAGGUAACCAGUAAACGUAAAACUAGGUCCUUCAUACAAUGGAUAAGUGUCUUGGCAACGUUGAUGGGGAAAAUUGUUGGAGAGGGCGCGGAGAGGUCAUCUUUAAGGAAGAUGAAGGGAUAUCUAGGUUUUUUUCGGUUUUGUUUGAAGUACUGUCAGUUUCUGAAUACAUAGAGCUUUAAAUUUUUCGAUAGUGCAUUUCAGUGUUUUUCAUGAAAUUUUAAAAGCCCACUGAAUACUACUUUGUAGCAAAUGAGAUGAUGUUAAGACCUACCCCUCUGAUGGGAGGUGGGGCGAGGACCGGAAUAUUAAGGGUCUUUAAAGGAAUCGACUUCAGCUCUACAGAAAGAUUAGCAAUCAAUAAAGAUUUGGGGAUGAAUGGGCAUCUAGAGAAGUUUAUUCUUGCUCUCUGUUCUUUCUGCUACUAGCUUUUAGAUCUUGUUAAUAUGGUAAUUCAGGUUUUGUCAGGAAUUGAUGCACACUUUUGAGUAACCUGGCUGCCACUUAAAAAGCUGUUACAUUGUUUUCCUCCUGAUCUUUAAAUGUGACUUGAUUGCUAGGAUGUCAGACACCUGUUUGGAAAUAUCUUUUAGCGUGACGGAAAACUCCAGGUGAUAUGAAAUUUAACAAAGUUAAAGGGAUUAAGUCAUUAACUUUACAGCUUCGGAAGAGAUCAGUUUAAACUAGACGACCUUUAAGACCUUUCCCAAUCAUAUAAGCGUAUCUUUAAGUACCUGGGUUUUGUUUUUGUUUUGAAACAGGUGAGACAGGGUCUCUGUCGCCCAAGCUGGAGUGCAGUGGCACGAUCAGUGCUCCCUGCAGCCUCCACCUCCCUGGCUCAGGUGAUCCUCCUGCUUCAACCCCCUCUUCCCCCAACACCACCACAGUAGCUCGGACUACAGGUGUGCACCAUUACACCCGACUAAUUUUUUGUAUUUUUAGUAGAGACCGGAUUUUGCCACAUUGCCCAGGCUGGUCUCCAACUACUAGACCCAAGCAAUCUGCCCACCUCGGCCUCCCAAAGUGUUGGAAUUACAGGUGUGAGCCACCUCGCCCAGCCAGUACUUAAAAAAAAUUUUUAACCAUAAGUAAGUCAUUCAUUAAAAUACCUCCAAGCUGUUGUAGAAAAAAAAAACUAGCAGGCCGGGCGCGGUGGCUCACUCCUGUAAUCCCAACACUUUGGGAGGCCGAGGCAGGCGGAUCACGAGGUCAGGAGAUGCAGACCAUCCUGGCUAACACAGUGAAACCCCGCCUCUACUAAAAAAAUACAAAAAAAUUAGCCGGGCGUGGUAGCGGGCGCCUGUAGUCCCAGCUACUAGGGAGGCUGAGGCAGGAGAAUGGCCUGAACCCGGGAGGCGGAGCUUGCAGUGAGCCGAGAUGGCGCCACUGCACUCCAGCCUGGGCGACAGAGCGAGACUCUGUCUCAAAAAAAAAAAAAAAACUAGCUAUAAUAUAUAGUUGGGAAACAGUUUCUAAUGAGCAUCCACGGUAUAUGAGAGAUCAUUGAAGUUUUCUUAUGCCCAUUGACCUCACAUCUAAUUGAGGUAACAAAACAUUUUUUUAAUAUUAAAAAUAGAUACUAAAUCACAAUACAACUCUAGAAAAACGCUAACAAUGUAGGAGUAAAUUCUAAGAGUCACCAGGCUAUGUAUUGAGGAGGUAAAUUGAUUGCAGUUCUGUAGUAAAGGGUAUUAAGGAUGAAGACGACUUAAAAGUAGUUUCAUUGGCUUGGAGUGGAGAAAUGAAAGCUAUCUUAUAGGAAGUGGGAAGAGUGGGGAGGUAAAUUUUAGUAACUGCUAAGGAACUCUCUUAAAAUGUAUAGUGCACCCACGUGCUUUUCAGAAUGCAGCAUUUGGGCAAAGUACUCACUGUUGUACUUUAAGGCAGGGGUCUCCAACCCCUGGGCCACAGAACCAGGCUGCACAGCAGGACGUGAGCUGUGGGCCAGCCAGCAAAGCUUCAUCUGUAUUUACAACUGCUCCCCUUGGCUUGCAUUACCACCUGAGCUCUGCCUCCUGUUGGCAUUUGAUUCUUACAGGAGCAUGAACCUUAGUGUGAACUGCACAUGCGAGUGAUCUAGGUUGCACACUCCUUAUGAGAAUCUAAUGCCAGAUGAUCUGUCACUGUCUCCCAUUACCCCCAGAUGGGACUGUCUAGUUUUAGGAAAACAAGCUCAAAGCUUCCACUGAGUCUACAUUAUGCUGGGAUCUAGCAAUUGGGAGGCAGCAGACUUGGGUAAUGAAGAGAGAAAACAAAAGUUCUUGAGACUUAUGGGUGCAGGAAAGAAAGAACAUACUGGUCGUCUUGUUAUAGGAGAUCACAAAUCAACAUCUCACUUCCGAACAGGGGAAGAAGACAAGAAAAUUAAUGAAGAACUGGAGUCUCAAUAUCAGCAAAGUAUGGACAGUAAAUUAUCAGGAAGAUAUCGGCGACAUUGUGGACUUGGCUUCAGUGAGGUAGAAGAUCAUGAUGGAGAAGGUGAUGUGGCUGGAGAUGAUGAUGAUGACGAUGAUGAUUCACCUGAUCCUGAAAGUCCAGAUGAUUCUGAAAGCGAUUCAGAGUCAGAGAAAGAAGAAUCUGCUGAAGAACUCCAAGCUGCUGAGCACCCUGAUGAAGUGGAGGAUCCCAAAAACAAAAAAGAUGCAAAAAGCAAUUAUAAAAUGAUGUUUGUUAAAUCCAGUGGUUCAUAACUCCCAAACGCUUAGUCUUUGUAUUAAAAGUAAGCCUUAUUGUUAUAAUGCACAGUGGAGGACUGCUUUUAGAGCACAGACCUUUGUAUUAUAAUUUUUAAAAAGGCCCUUUUAAAUAAUUACAAAGAGUGUUUGCUUUCAAAUGCCAUGGGUUACACUUUUAUGGGCAUGACUAUAACCAUUUUUGUAAAGAGUAAGAGUUGUAUAAAAUAAGAAAUAAAUACAGUACUCAACUUCCUUUCAUAUUAGCAUCAUCAACCCUCUAAUUCACCUUAUGGGGGAAAUGCUUCUUUUUGUUUGUGAUAGCUAUUUUAUCAUUUCCUUCAUAUUUUUCUCUUAUAAAAAUGUAUUUGAUACUGUGAUAUGUUCAUGAAAAGUAUUCUUCUUUGUUAUAGUAGAGCUGUUCAUUAUGGAUAUUUCUGCUGCCAGUCACAAUCUAAAUUAAUUUUGGCAAAAGAUUGGGUACUUAGUUUCCUGUUACUGAGUUAGCUCUACUCUUUUUGGACCAAAGCAACAUGAGAGCAAGUACUUUUCACACUUGUUAAGAUGGAGUUAUAACUGUCAUACAUUUGGAAUAUUAUGAUCCCAAGUAGUCUUUUUAUAAUUUGGAUUAUAUCGUAUGUUAGAUUUUUGAUAAAAUUUGGCCAAUUUUUACAGAAGAAAUUAUUUCUCUGAUCAUUUAGUUCUAUCUAUUUAGAAAUAUGUAAAACUGAAUUUUUUUUUUUUUUUUAAGUAAUGUGUGACCAAAGUUAAUUUUGUCCCAAAGGUCUAAAUAAAGAGCAGUUUCCCAUA